CGUCUGCGCGACGACACUGGCCAACCGGCCACGCCGGGGCGACGAUGACAACGCCGACGAUGAGGACGAUGCGCGGAAGCCCGUUGAUCUACGACGGCUUAUGGCGCUGCCUAUGCCCGGCGGUCGGGCGGGCAGCGCUGAACCGCGCAGUCGGGUCGAGGAGCUUCCUCCUCGCCAGGCUAGCGCCGCGACCUCGAUCUAUGAGAUGUCCGAAUCUAGUGCAAAAUGCUCGCCGCUUUGGAACGAUCGCAGAAGGCGCAGAACAAAUGCCAGAGGCAUCAACGAGCUCUACCGGCAAGCCACAACACCAGCGAAGAACGCCAGCCCAAGCGAAGACCUGGGAGGAAAGCCUCCUGGCGCCGAUAGCACCGACCGAAGACGUCCUUCACCACAGUUCCGUCGACGACAUUGUCGCGGCGCUCGUGACGAUGCGCGACCCUCAAGGGUGGAGCUUCCACGGGCAGGACAUCGACCGGCAUGGGCGGAUACUCCAGCUCGUGCGGCACCUGCUCGGCGCUCGGGGCCAGCCCCUCGGCCCGUUCGUCUACGAGUGCGUCAUAGACGCCAUGGCCGGUCCGAGGGGCUCGGCCGAGGGCGUGCGCAAGAUUCUUGACGACAUGGCACAACAGGGCGUGAAACCCACGGCGACCAUGUGUCAUAGUGCGUUGGCGGCGCUGGCGAACCACCCGGACUACUCACUCCGGCAGGAGGUCCUGGACGCCAUGCAAGAAUAUUGGUUUGUCAUUGAUACGCCAGCCAAGCAGAGCGUUGUGCUGGGCCUGCUGCGCGACGAACAGUACGAGCUAGCAUAUGCGAGGUUGACGGAGCUGAUCGAUGCGAGAGGCCGCCUAGACCCCUGGGUCUACGAUAUUUUCAUCCUGGCCUUUGGGAAGCUGGGGUUCUUGGACGAGAUGCUACAGCUGAUGCAUCGUCGCAUGAGCGGAGACGCGCAAGGCGAUGCGGCGGCGAGCUUGCUGUACUUUGCCCUGGAUGUUUGCAGUGAGGCGUUCCACUACCCGGGGACAAUGUUUGCGUGGAACGCGGCAGUGAGAAACUCGCUCUUGCAACCUCCCGAUGGCGUCGUGGAAAACGUGCUGGCAACCGCGGCACGGCACGCAGACGCAUCCUUGGCAACGGAGACGCUCGACCUCAUCGCGCAGAGAAGCCGUGUCAUGGCAUACCACUACGAGGCUGUCGCAGAGGCCUUUGCGAGGGCGGGCGACAUGGCAGGAGCGUUUCGUAUCUUGGCCAUCAUGAGAAAGAACGGCAUCCUCGUCGGGCGAGGGAAUACCCGGAUGGUGUACGAGGCGCUCAAGGGCCGGCCCCGGCUCAUCAAGGACGCUGAGGGGGCGCUCCGCGGCCUGGCUUCCGACGGGACGGUGCCGCUAGCGGUGGUCAGCGUUGUGAUGGAGGCCAUGUCCGAGCUCCACGGCAGUGAGAGCGCCAUGGACCUGUAUUGCGACGUGUCAACGCUGUGCGGAGAGCCACUCGACUCGGGCUCGCUGCAGACUCUCCUGGUCAACAGUCGUGAGCAGGACACGAAGCGCACUCUGGUGAGAGACUACAAGGCCACUAUUGCCGAGGGCGACGACGCGGUCCGCAACCCGCGCGUCUAUCAGGGGCUCAUCACCACGUGUGCGGAGCUCGGAGAACUCGAUCUAGCGUUUCGAUUCGCGCAGCAGGCUACGUCUUUGUCCGCGGUGAGCGAGCGCGGCGAAGCAGUGGCGGCGGCGGCGGCGGCGGCGGCGGCGGCGGCGGCGGCGGCGACACAUAGCCACCUUGAAUGGCUAAGGCCGCUCGUCGAGUGUGCGACGGAGCAUGAGGAUGGCCGCAUCUGGGAGGUGGUGGACCGAUUGAGCACGACUGGCGAUGCCGAGACGACAGCCGAGGUGCAGAGGAUACUCCAGCGGACACGAAUCGCCCGCUCGUCGGGCGUGUCGCCGCGAAGAUUUUGAUGUAUAUAAGCUGUUCAAGCACCUGGCAAGUCUAGAGAUUCAGAAGUUCGUCGCACAAAUCGUAGCUGCGACAACUGCACGCACACAUCUACGAGGCAAUGAGGGACAGCAACCACUCAGGAGCAAGCCAAAAUCGUGUAUGCCUUGGUACGAGCCUGUCAUGCAAGCCACAGUGUAGCACGGCUCAUCAGGGAUGUCAAGCCACGGCCGAGUUUUGCCUGGUGUCGGUCCGGUCGGCGGGACGUUGGACACCGACGCGGUCUCGGAGCUUGGGUUCACUUGUCGGGGCUUUGUUGUGCACGGCCGGGGUUAAGCGGAACUGAAGCGGCU